AUCUUCUCCAGUGAUCACAAGCUCAAAAAGAACAAGUUUUCUUUCCAUCACUGGUUAGGGCAUUAAAGUAGAAAAACCCUACAAAAUUUAAUGGAUAAACUCUAGUUAAUUAGUAUCACUAUACACUUUAGCUCCUAUAAAAGAAUUAUCACAUUUAUCAAACCUCCUCCGUCGUUUCCGAUUCACAUUUUUCACAAAGAGAUGAAACUCAUGGAUGGCUUGGCGUGAACUAUCUUUGAUUCUGAAGGUAAGUGUUUCUGUUAGUAUAUACUUUUGAACAAUCAAACAGAACAAGCCAUUGUUUAAUCAUCACUAAAAAUUGUUAUAAAAAAAAAUAAUCAUCACUAAAAAUGUAUCUAUUUUACUUUGUGCAGAGUAUUUUUCUCAAGAAAUAUUUUUAAAAAAUGUACCAAGAAAGUCUGGAGAUUUAUCAACUGUGGAGACUUGCUAUCCAAGAAAGAGACGAAGCAAGAGAACAUCUGAAACAUUCACUUGCUGAACUCUCUCAACUAAGGGAACUCUAUAACGCUGUACUGUUGUCUGAACAGCAGCAAAUGAUCACUUAUUACCCCGAAGCCACUGAUCAAACUACAUGUCAUCAGAGCUGUAACUACAAUCACUUCCCCGGCGACUCUCCGUCGCGGUUCUUGUCUCUGUCGCCGUCGGAUCUCGUCUCUAACCUAAAUGUUGAUUCAACUCCACUUGAUCUCAGCUUCCGUUCAAAUCAGAGCCGUGUUGGUGUUGAGAGUACGAGAGAUUAUGAAACCGUUGUGCUGGAGAUGAUAGGAGGAACGCUGCCGGAAUACGGUAAGUUUUUGCAAGCUGUUAGUGAAGUUGGAUCGUUGGUUGAGUCAUUGUUCAUAGCCGGUCCUGUUCCGAAGUGGAGAAAUCCUCCGGUUUUAUUGUCUAGUCAAAGACCGGUUAUGAGUAAUCAUAUCACAGGAAACUGGAACUAUGGUGGUUUGGAGUUUGGUUCGCUGAUGCAAAACCGGUCUUUCCCUGUUUGAUGUCUGCAUGAAAUGUGACCCCAAGAAAAUGUUAUGCAUGAUUUUUUCCUGUUGGUACCAUGUAAUGUUUUAAGUUAUUUUGUAUUGUUAAAGAAAUUAUUUGAUCCAAUAAAAUAAUUCAGUUAAAAUUAGGCUGGGGCAAGUCCACAAUUCUUUAGUUAACCAUUAACAUUGAACCAUCCUUUUAUUUAUGGUUAGUCGAUUGGUACUAAAUUUUACUCCUACAACUUGCAUAACAAGUUGAUAUGGCCGAGUUGGUCUAAGGCGCCAGAUUAAGGUUCUGGUCCGAAAGGGCGUGGGUUCAAAUCCCACUGUCAACAGUUAUUUUGAUUUUUUUAAUGUUUAAGAACUCAUAUUUGGGCCUUCUACGAUCAGCCUUUUCAUGGACUCUGGAUGCAUGAUAUCAAGCUCCCGAUAAUUUCCGCUCUACCCAAGACCUGCGAUAUCAAUCAAAGCAAUUAUGAAUUUUUUUCUUCUAUCAGAUGUUUUCAAAUUCGUUUGUUUCAGUACCAUAAUGAAGUUAUGAACCUGUAACAUGUAGUAUAAUUUUGAUGGGUUCGAUAUAUCUAUAUCACAUGUAGAAUUACAAUACGGGAAACAUGCAAACUGUUAGACAAACAGAAUAACUAUACAUUCAUAGUAACUAACGCUAGCUGAAAGUUGACCAAGAAUCAUUAGUGACUUCAACUCUAUUAGAAGAAAGAGCAAGAGAUGGAGAGAGAAUGAAGACAAAGAUUAGUUUAUUCUUAUCCAUGCAUCUCUUUUAUAUUCAUCCCUGCAGUAUCUUCUUCGUUAAAUACUGGCUGUGAAUGUGAUCCAGAACAAAUGCAGAUUUAAUGCAGGCUAUUUAAUUUGCAGAUAGAACUGUAUUAAUUACCCAUUCAUGUUUAAAAUGCAGAACUGAAUAAAGUAAAAAAAAUAAAAACUCCCCUGCAUGCAGAUUGGUUUUGUUCUUUGAUUUCUUGUCCUGCAGAUUUUAAGGGAAAUGGUGCUGGCGAGAUGCAGAGGACCAAUAAGGGCUUGAGUUUCUUUUUAAUCAUUGAUUAUAAAUACUUUUCAUUAUUGCACUUUAUUUAUUUAACAAAUUAAUUGUUCUCUUAGUAGUGAAAUCUAGUAUUUUUCAUUCUUACGUUAUAGUAGUAGACAUUUUUUAUUAAAAAUAAAAAA